CACGCACAAGUAGAACACACGGACAGACAAACACAUGUUAUAUAUACGUGAAAUUAAAUAGGACUGAUAAGAAGAGAAUUAUCACAUAGUUAUGUUUGUGAGUUUGUUGUGAGCGAGCAUAAAAUGGAAGUCAAGAUGUUGCUACUACUCGUCAUCAUCACCGCCGUAUACGCCGAAAACUGCUCCUACAUCUUCGACAAAGCCAAUUACCACAAGCAUGAGAUACUAAAAGCGGACGGACUACCAACGAAUCUGGUCUACAACCCCAACACGAAAGAUCUACACUUCACCCUAAUAGACAUAGAGACACUGCAGAACGACAAUGUACAGACUAAAAUGGAUCAAUAUGUUCUGAGUGAGGGUGUGGCUAUCAAAAUUGAUGAAAUCAAUGGCCAAGCCGCUGCAGUUGAUGUGAAAAAUGAUAAAGUGUAUAUAGCAAGUGAUAAAGGACUUUAUACGUUAGAAGGAAAUGAAACUAAGCUGAUCGGUCUAAAUGAUGAGGAUAUUGUACAGGUAUUCAAGCCGGCAAACAGUGAUGAGAUCUACACAGUCCUAUUUCCUGACAGUGAAGUAUACGCUGUGGAUCUAAAAACGUUCGACAGGAGACGAAUUGAAAACAUACCCUGUGCAUUCAUCGUCAUUGUAGAUGAAGACGGUAACAUAUUCUACGAGUGUGACUCCAAAUACGUCAAAAUGCUCCUCAGAGGCUUCCAGGAAGCAAUAGAAUUUGUUGGCAUACCCAAAAACUCGGCUAGAGCACUUGCUCUUGAUGACAAAAACCGAGUAAUUUUGGCCGCAAACGACGGAGUGUAUUGGCUAAAAGCAGACUCUAUAAUACCUAAGAAGCUAAUGGAUUUAGACUUUGUGCCAUCCGGUAUCGCUGUAGGAGAUAAUAAGAUCUUCCUGUCAACGAGCGGUCAUAUUUAUGAGUUCAGUAGUGAUGAUUGUUAAAUAAAGAUUGUACAACCUAAA